GCAGUUCUAUGGAAAAUUCAUAAAACGUAUCGUUCAUUGACUGUCUCUCCGUUUUUCCUUUCUUAUACAUUUUCCUUCUCUCCGAAGGAACUCCAGGAAAUCCUAAAAAUUGCAAUUUUGUCGUAUUUUUGUGGAAAAUUUAAUAGGGAAAGUGUUUGGGGUGAAAAUUGUGCGUUGGUACCUGAUGAAUGGUUAGGGUGAAGUGGAGAUUUUUGGAGGAUUUUUUGUUGGGUGAUAAAGUGUAAAAAUUACACCGGUCUAUGGGAAAUAAUGUAAACAAUGUAUUUAACUCUCUCCCACCAAUGUAAUGCUGCCAUAAGGUGUGAGUGAGGCAGAAAUGGGUAUGUUGGGUGAGUUUGAAAGCGCAGAACUUCGAUCCCACUUUGGGUGAAAAUGAACGUGUGACUGUGGAGCAUCUCACGGAUUAGUUCGUCGUGGGGAGACUCUAGGGUACCGAAGGUAACGAUAGACUAUUCGGGUACCCAGUUGCAAGUGACAAGUGCAUAUCGACGGACCAGGGCUCCCACAGUGCGAGAACCGUCGCGCGUUCCAAAGUGUCGCAAUGACGUGAAAAUUCCAUUGAGUGAGCUCGAAAAUAAAGUUAAAAUAUUGAGUGAAUGUUGUGUGAGGAAAAGAAUCAAAGAAAUUUCCCUCUGUGUUGUGUAAAAAAUGUUCUCCAGUCAACAUUAUUAGACAAAAAUGUUGUAUUUGGAUUAAGUGAGAAGACGGUGCAAUAAAGAGAAACUUUUCUGUCUGCAACAAAAACUCCCAUUCGGAUAAAUCACAAAAAAGGUGGAAAGAGGAAGAAGGAAGGGGGAGUGGUACAAUCGAUUCCCCAGGAGGAUUUUUCACCUGUCGCUGCACUCACAGAGGCGCACCCAGCUAGGAUAAAUGUGACGGGAUGUAUGGGUUGUGCUGAGUUGUGGGUGAUAAUUGCACACAUGGUGAUUGUUGAAGUGUAAGAGACGUGACAAGGGCUGUUUUAGUGUGCAGGAAAAGUCGGAAAAUUCCUCAAUUUCCAAUUGAAAAAGUGUGUGUAUGUGUGUGUGAUCCAGUGACUUGUGGAAAAUGGUUGAAUCGGGAAUGAGAAAUAAUCCCGCAACAUCGACGGGUUCACGCUGUGGUGUCCUCGAAACACGCGUACGUGGGGCCUGGUAUCGUGUUAUGGUAACAUUGGAAGCCGAUUAUCUCUCCGUGAGUCUCGAUGAAUCCUGCGAUCCAAUUGACCACUCAACUACUCUCAAUGGAACCCUUGGGAGCAAUCAUAGUGGAAAUAAUGAAUCGGGUGGUUCACUACCAUCAUCUGCUGGACCUUCCCUUAAUUCGGAUGAUCUCAACAGUGGUGAACAUUUACUGAACAAUAACAAUCCACUGGAGAAUGGUGUUGCGGAAGUUUGCGAUGUACCUGAUCAUGUGGCGAAUCAAAAGCGACACGUACGUGUGAUAAAAUCAGACAACAAUGGUUUGGGUAUUUCAAUAAAGGGCGGCCGGGAAAAUCGUAUGCCAAUUCUUAUAUCAAAGAUUUUCCGUGGCAUGGCGGCCGAUAAUGCCAAAGGACUGUACGUGGGUGAUGCCAUUUUAUCUGUGAAUGGGGAAGAAUUGCGAGAUGCCACACACGAUGAAGCUGUCAGGGCGCUCAAGAGGGCAGGAAGAGUCGUCGAUCUUGAAGUAAAAUUCCUUCGGGAAGUUACGCCAUACUUCCGGAAAGCGAGUAUUAUUUCCGAAGUUGGUUGGGAACUUCAAAGGGCUUUCCUUUGUCCACUCGGUCCGGGUGCUAUUUCUUCACCACCAGCUCCAAGGAGUCCACCACGUGCCGAUACGCGCUACAUUCCUCUUCAACUAACACAUCUGGCGAGGAAUCUCAAACAUCCAGAUCCAGAAAAUCGCUGCAUAGAAUUACAUUCACCCGAUGGGAUUCAUUCUUGUGUUUUGCGUGCAUCGGAUUCACAAGAAGCACUAGCAUGGUUCAAUGCUCUGCAUUCAACAAUGGCGAGGAGUACUCAGUGUGCUCUCGUGGAGGCAAAUCGGUCAUUAGCUAGUAUCAUUGGGGAACUAAAGUACAUCGGAUGGCUCAGCAGAAGAAUUGGUUGUGAACAAAAUGGACGGUCGAGUUCAGAGAGCUCUGAUGACACAGACAGAUGGCAACCUGUAUUUGUUGCAGUCACAGACCGGGAGCUUAGGAUAUACGAGAGUGCACCGUGGUCCAUUGAAGCAUGGAGUCGACCACUGGAAUGCUGUGCCCUUGCGUCCACACGGCUUGCCGGUGCCGGAAAUUCAUCAUCGGUUAAUUCAAAUAGUGCGGCACAUCAGAGUACGGUAUUUUGCGUACGAUGUGGGACAGCGAGGGGUGUCAUCAGUCAUUGGCUGCGUGCAGAGACGCACCGGGAUAUGGCGGCAUGGGCACGAGCUCUGGUCCAGGGUAGUCACAAUGCCGUGAACUACCAGCGGGAAUUCUCAUUUCGGUGCCUCUAUCAGGGUCGUCCGUGCCAAUUGAUUGUGCAUCUGGAUCGUGGAUUCUCCCUACUUGAGGGUGGUAUUGGGCCAUCGAGUAAAGCAAUAUGGUGUCAUCCCUUCGAUCGACUCAAAGCUUCAGCCGAUGAUGGGAUUCGUUGCCUCUUUUUGGACUUUGGUGCAGACGACGGGGAAAUUGUAAGUAAUGAUUUUUCUUCCGUUUUCCCUUCCCUCGUUUUUCCACUGAGUGGAAAAAAAUUCAAUUUAUCUGCCCACUUGAGAACAUUUUUUUUGUGAGAAAAAGAAGCAAAAAAAAAAACUUUUUCUUCUCCUGUGCACAAAAAAAAGGAAUUGGACAUGGAAUGCUGCCCAAAACCCGUGGUUUUCGUUCUCCAUAACUGUCUCUCGGCAAAAGUGCACUCACUGUCGUAACUUCAACUACACACCGGUGGAAUUUUCAUUGAGUGUACUUUCAGCAGCGAAGCAAACUCCAAAACUAUUUUCACGACACGAUGGGAAAGUUCCACAUAUAAAAAUUUUUAACUCGACAUUUCACGUGCAAUUUGUUGAUUUUUUUUUCGUGCAAAACAAACUUUUUUUUCUAUAUAUGAAAAGAACCUUUUGUCAUGCACGAGAAAAUCUUCCAAUCUCUCCUUUAACUUUACAGAUUGUUCGCAUAUAGCAAACUAUAUAUGAAGAGAAAGAGAGAGAGAGAGCACAGAAAAAUGUGCAACUUUUGCAAUUUUCCCCGAAUUGAGAUUCUCAAGAGAAAAUUGAAUAGAGAGGAGACGCAUAAAAGUCUCCAAUAUUUUUGUACACAGCAUAAAAAAAAAGAAAGAGAAAAGCUACAUAAUGUUUAGCUCGAUGUUUAAGGGUGAAGAAGAAACAAAUUGAGUGCUUUCUUCAAUGAAGGAGGAAAUUCAUUUGUCCAUUUUUGUAUAUUGAAAUGAUGAUAAGUUCCACCCCCGCCUCCGCCUGACCUUUAACCCCCCUCAAAGAAUAAAAGUUUUCCUCAUAUUUGAACAAUUUGUUGAACGCACAAAAUAUUUUUGUUAAUAUCAAAAGAAAAAUCUUCUAUUAAUCCAAUAGAACAUUUUUAAAAUAAUUAAUAAUUAAUUAAAAUAUUUUUGUUGAGAAUUUUUUACAUUAAAAAAAAUCGCUGUGUAUGGAAAAGUAAUGGAAGUAGAGCGAAUUGUGAUAAUAAAUAAAAAUUAAUUAUAGUUUUACGUAAAUUUUAAGCGAUAGAUGGUAAAUAUUCUCUUUGUUUCUCAUAUAGUUAAUCAGACUGCUACAUAGAGAUGUGUUAUGAGCCCGGUUUUGAAGGGAGAGACAAUGAGAAAAAAUCAAGGGGCUACUCAAUAGUAAUGAUUUAGGCUGAAAAGAAAACCUAAUUUUUAAAAUAUAUUAAUUUAAGAAUUUUUAUUUUUUUUAUGCGAAAGAAAUUAAAUUAAAAAAACAUUGCUGAAAAAUUAAACUAAAUUAAAUUUUGCGAAUAAAUGUUAAAUUUUUGCGAAUAUUCAUUUUAUUCUUAGAAUAUUAAUUAGAGAAUAUUCUUUUUAAUUUUAAUAAUUCUCUUUAAAAUCUUGCAAACUAAACCUAUAAUGAUGAGGACGUUUAUUUAUUUAAAUUUGCGGGUCUUAAAUUAUUUGUAGAAUAUUUAUCUAAAUAUUCGUUUCUUUUUUACGAGUAUUCGUUUAAUUUAGACAAAAAAAAAGAUUUACGAAUAUAUUCGUUUAAUGUUGUAAGUAUUCGUUGAAUAUUACGAAUACUUGUUUGAUUUUAAGAAUAUUUAUUAAACUUUUCAAAACAAGAUUUUCAGCAAUUGUUGUUUUAUCUGAAGAAUUUUUUUUAAAUUAAGAGAAUAUUCGUGGAAUUUUUAGAAAAUCAUUUUAAUUUUGAGAACCUUCGUUUCUUUACCAGUAUUCGUCAAAAUUUUGAAAUUGGUAUUCUUUUAAUAUUGAGCAUAUUCGUUAAAUUUUGAAAAAAAAAUAGGUUUAUAAGAAUAUUCCUACAAUUUAGAGAAUAUUAGUUUGAAUUUUUUAAUUAUUCAUUUUGCGAGUAUUCGUUUACUUUAAGGAAUUUUUAAUACUUCUUGCAAAUAACGGCUGUAUGGAUGCGGAAGGAUUUCAACUAUAAAAUUUAAAAGGAAAAGAAUAGAAAUAUAGAGAACGAUUCGUUUAAAUUGGUGUGUAUUCCUUUAAUUUAGAGAAUAUUUGUUUAUUUUUUCGAAAAAAAAAAUUAAUUAGAGUUUCAAUACCUUAAGAGAAAAAAUCGAAUAGUUUACAAGUAUAUUCGUUAAAUUUUGACAAAAAUCGUAUACUUUAGAGAAUAUUUUGUUUUAUUUGGCAAAUAUUCGAUUAGUUUUGCUAGUUUUUUUUUUAAAUACAAAAUAAAGUUGUUUUUUAUCUUUAUCUUUUAAUGAGUUUUUGAAAUUAUUUAAGUUUAGGAUUAUGAGAAUAUAUUAUAAUAAGAGGAGCCAUCCCUUUGCCACUUUCGGUGCAUUCUAAGCAUUAGUUGGUUACCCCUUGCAUUGGGAAAAUUUUAUUAAUUUUGAUAAUAUUCAUUUAAUUUAUUAUUUUUCGACAAUAUUUGUUUUAUUUAGUGAAUAUUUUUCUUAAUACUUAGAUAGGGAUUAAUAUUACUAAUCCAAUAGAAGUUCGUUUUUUUAUUGUUUUAUUUGGAAGAUUUUGAAAAAAAAAAUUUUUUUCAAAUUGAAUUUUUAUAGCUUCUUAAACAAUUCUUAAUAAUUCUUUUGAGUUUUUAUUAAGAAAAACUUUAUAUUGAAACAUUAACCAAAAUCUUUACCAAAGUUAAUUUCAAAUUCAUUCUCUGUUUUUUUAAAAUUAUUUUAGUGGAAAUUGGGGAUUUUUUUGGGACGCUCUAAAUGGCAAAAUUUCGAUAUUAAUCGAUUUAUUAAUCAAUUUUUUCUUUUGACUAAUUUGUAGUGUUUUGAAUGUCCCAGAAAAGUUCUAAAAUUGAUCUAUGGGAGACUAUUUCUCCAAUUUUCUUUUAAAUAAUCAAUAUUAAUUCUUGGAUUAAUUAAAAAGUAUUGAGUAGUCCCAUAUACAGUGAUACUUCACAGUAUUACGUCGAUUAAACAUCUUGAUAAAUAACGUUAAAAGCUGAAGACCUCAAGCAAGAACUUUUUAUGUACUGCGAAACAUCACAGUGUCAAUGAAAAAGAAAAAAAACCUUCAAAACCUUUUAAAAAAAGAAAACUUACCUAAUAUAAACUAAAUGAAUUUGUGAAUAAAAACUGAAUCAAUAUUAGCAUAUCCAAAAGGAAAAUGAAAAAAAAAACUCUAGCUGAUAAAACUUUAUCAUUAAUGGCGGGAUUUUCUAUGAGAACAAUAUUCUUCAAUGCGGAGGGAUUUGCUGUACAUAUACAUAUGAAAAGCAUAUAUACUAGAGAAGUGCAUGUAACAAAGAAAUGGACCGAAGUUAAAUGAUAAAUUGCAUCAAGAGAUUAUUGUCUCCCCCUUUCCCCCCUUUUCAGCAAACCCAUCAAAUUGGUAAUAUAUAAUAGAACAUAAUAUAUAUCAUCAAUAAAUCUUCAUAUCUAUUAACGUGAGAUUUUGGAAGAUAUAAUACAUACAUAAAUAGAAACAUAAAUAAAUCAAAGUUUAGCAUCUUUAUAGAUUCAAUAAUCAAAUCUCAGCAUAAUAAAAUAUAUAUUAUUAUAGAGAUUAGAUUUUAUUUAUAGGUAGAAAAGGAAACAAGAAAAAACCCUUAUAUAAUGCAAUUUUACUAAAAUGAAUGAUUAAAAGGAAAACAAAACAUAUAGACUAAUUUUAGCUAUAUAUACUAAUAUUUUUCCUCUGAAAGAGUCUUAUUCAAAAUACAUGGAGUUAGUUUCUGAGGUGAAAGGAAUUUUUGAUUUUAAAUUAUUGUAGAGUGUUGUUGAAGGUUCAAGUAAAGUGUGGUUAUUCCUGGAAAAUGUAAAAAAUUUCUCAUCAAAGAUGCUCUAGAAUAAUUUAAGAAAAAAUUCCUUUACAACUUUAGGGCCAACUCCAUUGAACAAUAAACUCUUACAAUGGAGCGAAGAAAAACAAGAACAUAUUCAUUAGUUAGGUGAAAAAUGAAUGAAGAGAUGUCUUUGUAGUCCAAGAAAAACUUAAGAAAAAAAAACUAAAGCCCAAUAGAAUGAGAAGAAGAAAUGGAGGAAUCUGUCAAUAUAUUAUUAAGUUUUAAUAAAUGUGGGAAAAGUUGGAAAAUUA